CACUGAAUGAAGAAUCCACAAGAUUUAAAAGAGCCUUCUCAGAUGAGCGAAUGGCAUUGGAGGACAGGACUGCAAUGGACAAAAUCCUGGAGCUGAAUGAAUACGAGUUGACUAGCAAUCCAGCAGGUCUAACUUUCACAGAGGGCGACAUUGUAGUCCCAAACAAAAGAAGCGCCAUUACUUGUACUGGAAACAGCUGUUUGUGGCCGAAAUCUGUCGACGGUUUUGUAUAUGUUCCGUACAUAAUAUCACCACAGUACAACAAUAGGGACAGAAUUACAAUUGAAAUUGGAAUGCAGGAUAUCUCUACUGGUACCUGUAUCAGGUUUGUCCCACGCACGCACCAGGCCGAUUAUCUUGACAUCCAACCAAGAUUUGGCUGCUGGUCCUAUCUGGGUGUUAAUGGAGGCCCUCAGGACCUGUCUCUCCAAUCUCCGGGCUGCAUGUGGUCUGGAAUCGCCACUCACGAGCUGAUGCACGCUCUGGGCUUCGUCCACGAACAGUCCCGCUCUGACAGAGACAACUACGUAACUAUAAUGUGGGACAACAUUUUAAAAGAUCGCGAGCAUAAUUUUGAAAAGUACAAGACUAACAACCUCAACACUGGAUACGACUAUGGAUCCAUUAUGCAUUACGGAAGGUUUGCUUUCUCCGAGGAUGGUGCACCGACGAUUAUUCCAAAACCUGAUCCACAUGUACUAAUUGGACAGAGAGAUGGCCCUAGUGCUACUGACCUCCUGAAAAUAAAUAAACUCUACAGCUGUAGCAUGUAAUGCAAAACAAGCCAACAUGGGACUGACGUAACCUCCAUUCCAACAAAAAAACUACAAUCCCUUCUCUGUAGAAUAUAGCGCUACACUUGCAUUUGUGAAUAAAGACUACACACAGAAUUGUACUGUU